UGAGAACUAGGCCUUCAAGCCAAAUCAUUAUUAUUUUAUGCAAAAUAAGCGUUUUUGGGCGUGGCACCCGAAAAAAAUGUCUGCCUCCGGCGGAGCCUGCGGCGACCUUUCUCACUUCUUUUUUAUUUGCGGACGAUUUGCCCCAAAAUCUGAAAUUUGGCCCCUUAUAAAUUCAUUGUCUGGCACGAAAUUUUCAGAGCCUGUGGCAACACUGCUCCUAGAGACAGAUAACUGACAGCACAGUUAGCCCCCCCCGCAUUGAAUUCCCCUUAUGUGAAAAUGCCCAAAUUGUUCGCUGGCAAUGUCUAGCAGUAGCAGCGACUCUGAGGAAUUUUACGAUGCCGAGGAUAUUACACCCAACCAUGGUCAAAGAAACAAGCAGAGAAAAACAUCAGCCGAAAGCCUAACAAAAAGAUCCAGUUCAGUACCAAAUUUCCUAGCACCCAAAGACAGCAAUGCUAAUACCCAACUAGAAAACCUCAAAAAUUUCGAUGACAAAAACGACAAUGUUUUCCUUGAGCCACCACCGAAAUCUUUGCAAGCCUCUAGCAGCAGAAAAAGAUUUCAAGAGUUACGUGAAAAGCUGCAAAAUGACGACGAAGAAGGCUGCGGAAACGUCACGCCGCCUCACAGUCAAACCUCUUCAGUUGAAGGUGUCUUUGCUGCCGCCAGCAAAGCCUCACAUCCUUUUCGAGUCAUUGAACAAGACACCAUUAGUUUGCAAAGCGUUAAUUCUUUAGGCCGAUUAAUGAGGAUAAUUAAUAAUAAUGCUGAAACAUCAAGAAAAGCCAUGUCAGUGUCUGCUUUAUCAUCAAGCUCCUUGGAUUCAGAAUCGACUCAGAGCUCGAAAAAAUAUCCAAGCACUUUUGCUUUAUCAUCUACAGGUACCGCUCCACUUACUACUGAUUCAGAAAAGUCCACUUGCACUACACUGCAAGAACCUGAUGUUGUAGCCAGCGCCAAGGCUUCCACUAGCUCUCAGCAACAAAAAAAUUCUGUACCAGUGGCACCUCCAAGGCGCAAAAAGAAACUUAAAGAUACUUCUGUUGUAGCAAAAUCAGCUUCUAGUGCUAAUUUUCCAAUAGCCACCGAUUUGGCUAGUCCUGUUAGCACUAUAGAGUCCUUAACUCGCGAAAUCGAAAGGCUACCUUCAAUGUCCUCAGUGAAAUCGCACAAGUCCGAAAGGUUGUUGCAUUCAGAUGAGUCUAAAAGUUCCACUUUGAGAAGCGGACAUUCUUUGGAUAUUACACAGGUUACUAAAGGCCAGUUUGUGGUGAAACCUAUGGACACAGAAAGCAUUAAAGCUCAAGGUACUGGAUAUUGUAUAAAACCUUUGAAAAAGGCCUUGGUGGAACAUACAAUGUCAGGGCCAGAUAGGUUGACUUCAGAAGAUUGUCCUGGCAAUAAAAGCAAAACUUCAAAUAGAAGCAGCUUAGGACACUAUAGUUUAGGGCCUCAUAGAGGUACUCAUCAAAUUUCAAGCCGUCACAAUUCGAAAGACAGAAGAAAAUCUGCAGGAGACGAAAAUUUACUUUGCACCAACAUGAAAGUUAGAACUCACACUGAAUCAGGCAAGCAACUUUCGGAUUUGGAAAUUUUAGAACAAGUUACAGUAUUGAAUUUGGAUACAGGUGAAAGAAUUCCACUGAGUGUGGCCGAAGACAAACUACCACAGUGCAUCAACCCUCUUUCUUUGCAUAUAAUGCGUUUAACCUCAGAAUAUGUCAGUUCUUCCAGUAUGGAAAAAGAAAAAGAAAGUGACGAAGAAAGCAUUGAAGCCCUAAAAAAAUCAGACAUUCCUAUUGUCGAUGACAAUGAAGCCGGAGGCAUGAGAAAAAGAACAGCCAAAUUAAAAAGGCUUAUAGGCACCAACGUCAAAAAAGCCAUGCACAAAGCUAAAAGCAUCGCCCAAGAAGUGUCGCAUGCCAGACACAAAGAAGACGUCAUUGAUAUUGUUGACAAUGUCCAUCCGGGAGAGCAAUUGUGCAAAUUAAAGGCUUCCAACUCCCACAAGGGCCCGUUUGAAUUUGAAAAAAUCGAACACAUUCAAGAACUAAAAGAUGGCCAACAUGAAGGUUCUAUUUGGUGCAUGAAGUUUUCUAGUUGCGGACGUUUAUUAGCUACUGCUGGCCAGGAUAAGAUUUUAAGAAUUUGGGUUAUCAAGGAUGCUUAUCCUUUCUUCCAGGAUAUGAGAACUAAAUAUAAUGCAGAAAAAGUGUCACCAACUCCAUCACAAGAAUCUUUAGCCUCUCAUCAUUCAACAGAUUACUCUAACUUAGCAGCCCUAGAAGCGAUGAGUCCUGAAGAAGCCAGUAGGAUUACUUUUAUGCCUAAACCUUUUUGCACCUAUUCAGGACACACAUCUGAUCUUUUGGAUGUGUCUUGGUCAAAGAAUUAUUUCAUUCUGUCUUCUAGCAUGGAUAAAACCGUAAGGUUGUGGCAUAUUUCAAGAAAAGAAUGCCUGUGCUGUUUUCAGCAUAUUGAUUUUGUUACCGCCAUUGUUUUUCAUCCCAGAGACGAUAGGUAUUUUUUAAGUGGCUCUUUGGAUGGUAAACUAAGGCUUUGGAAUAUACCUGAUAAGAAAGUAGCAGUUUGGAAUGAAGUGGAAGGUAAUCCUAAAUUAAUAACUGCUGCAAAUUUUUGUCAGAACGGUAAAUUCGCUGUUGUUGGUACUUAUGAUGGCAGAUGCAUUUUUUAUAGCACUGACCAAUUGAAAUACCACACGCAAAUUCACGUGAGAUCAUCUAGAGGGCGCAACGCAGUUGGUAGAAAAGUGAGCGGAAUCGAACCAAUGCCUGGCGAAGACAAAAUUUUAGUUACCUCCAAUGACAGCCGGAUUCGUUUGUAUGAUUUGAGAGACUUGAAUGUUUCUUGUAAAUAUAAAGGAAAAGGUUAUGUAAAUAUGAGCAGCCAGAUCAAAGGAAGUUUCAGUCACGACGGCAAAUACAUAGUUAGUGGUUCAGAAAAUCGAGACAUCUACAUUUGGAAAACCAACCAUGAUUACGCUAAAUUUUCCUCGGUGAGACGUGACAGAAACGAUUUCUGGGAAGCGAUCAAAGCUCACAACGCUGUAGUGACUUGCGCAGUGUUUGCGCCGAAUCCCGAAGCCAUUAUCAAAAUGUUAGAAGAGAAUCAAAAGUACCAAAGUGAUAGUAGAGAAGAUUUCAAUAAAGUCGAAGAUCCCAUGGUGGAACAGCACACCAAAGGGUGUGGAGGUUACGUUCUGGUAUCUGCCGAUUUUAAUGGUUGUAUUAAAAUAUUUGUUAAUAAAACUAAACCAAAGCACAGUUCUUUGCCUGUAUCAGCCCUGGCUUAGACAUUUGUUUUUUUAAUAGACCAAUAGACCAUCACUUCAAUUUAAGACUAAUUAUUUUUGUAUAAAUGAUUUGUAGUGUACUAAAACUGGUGAUGUAGAGAACAAUUUAUUGAAGGAUAUUGUUUUUAUGAAAGCAGCAUUGAUGUGCUGUAUUAUUUUUUUAAAUUGUAUAUUUAUUUCAAUUGUGGUAUUUUAAAGAUAUUAUAUUAUUGAAGAUGUUGAUAUUGAAUAAAUGAGCUAUUGAAUUUGAAGCCGUUUUCUGUUUUCCCAGUUCUAUUCAAAUUAGUUUGUGAUUGGGAACAGGCAUAAAAAAAAAUGUUCAGUUUUUACUUAUAAUAUAAUAAUAUUCCCAAUUCAAAUCAAUGUUUAUCCUAUUAUAAAAUAAAUUUCUGAAUACAAAAUAGAAAAGAAAAAUUGCUCUUGGGAUAAAUAAAUAACAACCCUAUAAAAUUAUACUUAAGCUUUAAACAUAUCGACUACAUUACUUUUCCUUUUCUGGACUUUUAGACCAAGACUUUCCUUUCUCUUUCUCGCCGUCCUUUGGCAAGGACCAAGACUUACUGCGACUUCUAGCUUGUGCUUUUUGCUCUAACAGCUGCUUAGGAGUUAUAAACUUAGAAGAAUCCACGGAUUUUUCCCUAGACUUGGAUUUACUCUUAGAUUUGCUACGAGAUCGACGAUCCUUUGUCCUGCUUCUACUCCUUGAAUGCCUAUCUCGGGUCCUACUUCUAGACCUUCUUGACCUAAAAACCAAAAAAUAUAAAACAUACCAAACCCUUGUUAUUACUUACCUUGACCUCCUUCUAUGACUUCUAGAUCUACUCCUACUAUCCCUGUCAUAUCUCCUAUUGGAACGUCUCCUGGAUCUCGACCUACUCCUGGAUCUUCUAGAAUAACUCCUGCUUCUAGAUCUACUAUAGGAACGGUGCUUGUGCGAACUUCGUGGAGAAUAAGACCUGCGCCUAUCAUCGUGCUGAUGAUGAUGUUUUACAUUGUUAUUAUAAUACUUGGUCGAGUAUUCUUCAAAAACCUCUGGUGGAUAUUGGUUUCUCAUUGGUCCACCUCUACCACGUGGUACAAAAGCACCUCUACCUCUACCAC